AUGCUAGACCGUAUCUCCAGGCCAGCUGGUGUGAACCUUCGCCUACUGCCAUCACUGGCACCUCCAGGUGAUGGGUGCCACCGCAUUUGGCGGCGUUCGCACAAAAAAUGCCGUGAUCAAACGGAUGAGGUGAAGGAGUGGUACUGCCACAAGCGCCACGUUCUGGUUUUCACCUACAGUGGGAAACCUGUGUACUCGCGCUAUGGCGAAGAGGAUGGUCUCAGUGGCACCACCGGUGCGCUGUCAGCCAUUGUGUCCAAGAUGGCCAAGUUCUUCUUUUGCGACAGUACCACAACGGAUUGUUUGAGGUACAUGACUGCGGGCGAGCACGUCUUUACCUUUCUGGAGAGGGGACCCCUUUGGCUGGUCUGCAUAUCAUGCAGUGGCGAUCUGUAUGGUGACAUGGUGUGCUUGCUGGAGCGCGUCCACAUGCAAAUCAUUACCAUCCUCACAGCUGGAAUCGAAAGAACCCUAGUCAGCCGCCCCAACUACGACAUGAGAGGGCUGCUUGGAGGCACGGAGCAGGUCGUCAACAGCAUGAUUCGAUGGUGUGUGCAGGACAUGUUCUUGCAGUGCGAGGGUUUUGAAGCACUUCCUCUGGCCCCGAGUGUGCGAAAUGCAGCAACGGAGGCAUUGAAGUCAGCGAGACUUCCAAAUGUUCUUUUUGCUUUUCUGAUGGCCGGGCAUCGGGUCCUCAGUGCCGUCUCGAACAGGCAGUACCGCCUAAACGCUCUGGACCUGGGCAUGGUGAUCAAUAUCAUCAUGUCGUCUGCUUCACUGCGGACGGGAGAGUCGUGGACACCUGUGUGCAUGAGCCAGUACAAUGAUAAGGGGUUUGCCUAUGCAUACAUCUCUUUCCUGGAAGGUUCGGAUGUGGGGGUGGUCUUCCUAUCCACAGCUUCAGACGGAGAGCAGUUUUACGCAAUUUCACAACAAGCUGCCAUGGUGAAGGAUGCGUUGAAGCAGCCCGGCUGUGCUGAGGGCAUCGAGGAAGCAAUCUCAAAAAGUCCGAUUGACCUGGCAUCAGUUUCUCGGGGGACGCUCAACGCUCCCGCAGAAUCCAGCCCAGGUACGCGUGCUUCAAUACCAAGAAGAUCACUCCUGGCCCCUGGAAACCCGCAGUGGCAGCUGCUGGAGGGCGUCAUACAUGCCGCGUACUAUGUGCCAGCUUUGCAGCAAUACUUUUCUUCACAAAUCGCCGAGGCGUACCAGUCGAGACGCAGAGUAAAAAUGCUUUUCCGAAAUUAUGGACGUUGUCGUCAACUACUGCGCAAUGCCAAAGUGCCGUGCCAGAUAUGCGUUGCAACGGACCAUGAGUGUUUCUACGUGUCCAUGGCAGCGGACUACCAGCUUUUCCUAUCCGCUAACGUGACGGUAGGAACACUGGCAUGUUCUUUUUUCAUAGAAGAGCAGGCUUCCGAGACCGUCUCCGAGCCAAAGGCUGUUGCCAAGCGCAAACAGCCGAAGCGGAGGGCAAAGCCAAAGGAGGAAACCCAGGAAAUUGUCGCCGUCCCAGCUGAGGUGCCAGCGAGGCGACGCCAUGGCAGCAAGGCCAACCUGCCAGCGAAGCAACCUGCCAUGCCGACGAAGACAAAUUCCGCCAGCAGGGCCUUCAGGAAGCGCUUGGACGUGGAUCUGGCGCAUAAGAUGACAUCGGCGAAUCCUGCAGAGCGUCAACAGUCGGAGGAAUCCGUUCAAGGAGCUGCUGGUGAGGUCGGAGGUGUUUGCGUUGGACUUUUUGAAAGCUUCUAUGCUGAGCGCAUCGAUGUCCAGGACCUUGUUGCCCUGAUGCGACGCUUCUCGCACGAGAACGACAGCAAUCUGCGGCGCAUCCAUCAAAAGGCGGUGGCGCUGCUCCUGGAGGAUUUUCAGUCUUUGCCACACUGGCCCGAAAAAGAGCUCCUGCGGACCGGUGAGCUCUUGGGACAACUCAUCCGCUGGACUCCUGGCAUUUCAUCUAACGAUGCAUCGGGAAGCGUUGGACCUGGCGAACUGUCAGGCAUCCAAGCCGGUGUGGCGUGGACGCCUGCGCCCAAGCCGUUGUUUUUUCGAAGGUUUGAAGCUGCUGUUAGAGUCACUGCAGGCACCACCACGCGCCAAGCAAGGAGAAGCGAGACCGUGAAGCGAGAGGUAGAGCUGGACACGCUGAAGUUCUGCCUUACGGACGACGACGUGCAGGCGAAGCCAUGUUAUGCCGCUAUGCCAUGCGUAGCCGAGGCUUUGGCCAGAGAUCUGCCUGUUCAGUUGGAUGCAGCGGCUUCGUCCAACGAGACGAGCAAGUCAGACACGAGACUGCAAUCGGGCAGCUGCGGCGAGCAAGUGCCUGAAAGUGCGUAG